CACAUAGAUGGAAGCCCAGCAUCCUCCUCUAUGGCUGUACAGAGCAAUCAGGCAACAAAUUGCUGCCAUUCUGCUACAGAAAUAAAGAGCACGACCUACAAGCUCUGUGCAGGUAUGCCUGCUCCAUGUGCUCAGCUGUGACCAAUGCAGCAAGAGGGCCUGAUACAAGUGGGAGCAAUCACCACUAUGGUCAUUUUUGAUCGUUUCCUCAGUCCUGGCACAGCUGUGCUGAAUAAAUAAAUCCUAUACAGAUCAGUAUUGUGAAACGUGAAAGUCUGCUGGGAAGCGUGCAGCUUUUCCCCUUCUAUGAGGAGACAGCAUCUGAUGCAGAAGGUGCUUUGUGGAAAGCAGAGCCGCGGCUCCCUUGGCAGUGCUGAAAUCCCAGUCAGACUUCAGCCUACCACUGCGCCGUGGAGUGCGCCAUGUUGAGACCCCUCUCCCUGAGGCAGGAGUACGUGUAGCAAGAUGGCGGCCAGCCUCGAUCAAGGCCUCGGCCAGAAGGCAGCGUGUCCAUGCUGGCCUAGCAGACGCAGCAAGCUAGCCCAGCUGCAGCGGAACUGCUAUCUGCCUUGAGAUGGAGGAAGCAGCGUGUGAUAAAUUGACGUCUUUGUGCCAUACACCAAAGGAUUCUGGGACAGCAGCUCCACAGAGGACUACUUCAGGAAAACAGCCAAUGAGUGCAACUCUAAGGGAACGAUUAAGGAAAACGAGACGUUCAUUUAAUGCUAAUUUUACAGUGGCAAAGCGGCUCAAGGUAGAUACUGAAGAAAAAGACUGUGCAGAUGUUGACAGUGGGUGUCUGCCAAAGACAGGCAUGGAUUGUUCCACAUUACAAGAUGGUUCUGAAUGCCUGGAAAGAAACUGCACUGUAAAUACUUAUUUCAAAAGUCCGUUAAAGGAAAACAAUCUCUGCAAAUCAGCAGAGAAUGUGGUAAGGGUUGAUGUUAGUCAGCAGCAGUCCCUAGAAGAAAAAGUAAGGCUGAUGAAACAAGUGAAAGAUAAGGAAGAGCUACUUCGAAGGCUCAAACUGGUCAAGAUGUACCGAUCUAAGAACAACCUGUCUGAACUGCAGGCUUUGAUAGUAAAAUGGAGAAGCAGUACCCAGCUGAUGCUGUAUGAGCUGCAGUCUGCCUUUUCUGCAGAUGGCAAGAAAGUGAGUCUCAGUCAGCUGAUAGAUACUUUUGGAUUGGAAGACCACUUACUGCACUACAGCAGAACAGAAGAAGAUUUUGUGGACACGUAACCUACUGGUGCAAAGCUUUCAAUUACAUGCAUCAGCAAAAAAGACUGAAUGGACUGAUAAAAUCCAUUGUCUGAUCAACACUUCUUAGUUUGUUUUGGUGAGAGUUUCUCAUGAGAGCUUGUGAAACUGCAUACUGAAACAUGGUAGGCUGUAAAAACCAUUACUUUAUAGUGAAAACUGAAUUUAUGCAGACUUUUGGAAAACUGGCUAGAGAGCUUGGUUAGUGAUUAUUUUAAAUAAAAUGAAAUCAAGUAAUACUUUAAUCAAACAGCUGUCUGCCUUGUACCUGUUACUCUUCAUGGUUUUAAGACAGAAUGCAAGUUCAAAUCAACUGUCACUUCUGUUGGUGUUUAGAUGGGGAGAAGGGUUCAGUUCUUUGCUCAUAGAUACAUCCUCAUCUUCCAAACUUAUUCCUGCUGCCAGUUAAUGACAUCAUUUUGCAAGUCAGGUAAAGAUAAUUUUUGUGUUAAUAUUCUGGAACUGCAAUUAGCAAUAAUUAAAGCUAUUAAGAACAUCUAAGGGAAGUAUCUCAUAAUGGCACUGACCCUCAUCCAGACAGUUGUUUUUAGAGGAACUCUGACAGCUUUUGGUAACAGAAAAAAAAACAUGUAACUGCCAUCUGUCUACUGUACUGGCUCAUUUGAGAGCUGAGGCAUUCUCUCUCCAAGAUUCUUCAAUUACAGCAUCAUUUACCUUUCUGCAGUAACACUAAAGAAAACUCCAGCAUUUCAUUCCUUCUCCAAUAAACACUGUCUUCUCAAAAUGUUUUACUCUUAUUAUUUCAACUUGAAAUUCCUUAUUUUCUCACUUCUAUGUAUGUAUUGUGGUGACUUGUCU